AUAAUCCUUCAGGACUAUCACUUAUGUAUUAUUUUGGAUUAGAAGGAGAUGGGACUAUAGAUUUAGAAAAUAGAUUAGAUCAAUCGGGUUUAGACAAUCCUGUUGAGCUUAGUGGAGAAGCACCUGAUCUCGGACAAUUCGCUAUUAAGAUAGUUGAUGGUCCAGAUAAUAGGAUUCCAAAAAUUACUGCAGUGAAAAUGCAAAUGCAUCCUGAUUUACGAAAAACGCAAUAUUGGGGGCAUUUAGUUCCUGAUGGUGAUAUAUGGCGUGCGAAAGUUUAUUUAAGGGCGUUUUAUUCCAAAAAGUUUGAAUCUAUGCAGGAACAACUUAACUCUGGAAAUAUUCCUUCCCCGCCUUUUUUAUUUAAUUUACCUAAUCAAGUGCAUGAAAAUUCUAAUUUUUAUAUUUUUCAAAAGAUGGUUGAAGCUCCUUUUCAGUUUGAUGUCUUUUUUGAAUCAGGUUCAUCACCGGUACAUACUGAAGAAUUUGAUUUUACCUCAAAUCUUCAAUAUAGUUCACAGGACUUUGACACGAAAUUUGAGAGUAUCUUUGGUUUAGCUUCAAAGGGAUUUGAUGAUGAUCAUAUUUAUUUUGCUCAAACUAUGUUGAGUAAUUUGAUUGGUGGAAUAGGGUAUUUCUAUGGAUCAAGUAUAGUUGAUAGAUCUUAUACAGAUGUGGAUGAAAAUGAGGAAUAUUUUUGGGAUGAGAGUAGGCAAGCUGAUCCUCAAUUAACAUCACCAUCAGCCUUAUUUAGUGCCACACCAUCUCGCCCCUUCUUUCCUCGCGGAUUUUACUGGGAUGAAGGGUUUCAUCAGCUUUUAAUCGGACAUUGGGAUAAUGAUCUUAGUUUAGAUAUAAUCAAGCAUUGGGUAUCAUUAAUUGAUAAUGAUGGUUGGGUUGCACGUGAGCAAAUUUUGGGUGAAGAGGCUAGAAAUAAGGUCCCUCAUGAAUUUCAAACACAAUAUCCACAUAUGCUUCAGAAAUAUAAAAUACAUUACCAGAAGUUAAA